AUGGCGGACGUGGACUUUGGCUUCUUUGAGGUGCCAGCAGCAACGGCGCAGGUCUCGUCAAGCCUUGAUGCAGACGUGCUCUCGCAGGCACUCUCCUCUGUCGGUCUGCAGAACACCGCAGCCACGUCCACAGUCACUAUGACACCCGACAUCGCGCUCACUGCAGACGUAGGAGUCCCCCAGGUCAAGAAGAAGAAGAAGGGCAUGACGCAAAAGGUGAAAAGCUUCCUGUCGGGACUUCCAGACCUCAAGCACCUCUACUCCAAGUCCGUGGUGGAAUGA